AUGGAGCUCGUGGACUUCGAGACGCAGGUUGCGGGAAACCACGCACACGGGUUAACGACGAAACGAUCGCCGUGUGGGACGUGGUUCUAUAAGCCCGAACUCGCGAGCGACGCGCGAGGGACGAACGAACGCGCGUUUUACGACGCGUACGUCGAUCGCGCGUGGGAUGGGGGUGCAUCCGUGGAGGGCGGCGCGGCGACGCCGCGGAGCGCGCUGGAACGCGCGUUCGUGGACGCGCGCGUGCCGAGGUGCCCGACCGCGGUCACGGGAGCGAACGACGACGCGCUGGACGUCGAGGGAUAUCUACGGUUGAAUAAUUUGACCCACGGGUACGAGCGAGCGUGCGUGAUCGAUCUGAAGAUUGGAACGCGCACGUGGGACCCGGCGCACUCGAAGGAGUACGUGGAGAAGCGGAAGGCGUCGGACGAGGGAACGACGCUCGCCACUUUGGGAUUCAAGGUGUGCGGGGCGCGAUAUUUCGAUGCGAAUGGCGCGCUGGUGAAGAUAUCGCGAGCCCGGUGUAAGGAGAUUCGCUCGAGUGAAGAGUUGACGCGGGAGUUGCUCGAAGACUUUGUGCGCGACCCGGCGAGCGGUGAGGCGAACAACUGGUUCUGGCCAGCGCUGUUGCGACAGCUCCUGAGUGAGCCGCUGCGUUUGCUGAAGCAUCGAUUGGUGGGAACGUCGCUUCUCGUCGUUUAUGAGAGCGGUCGAUUAGCGCCUGCCUCGGAUAGCGCGGUGUGCGCGCCAGAAGCAAAGUUGGAAGCGCGUUAUAUUGAUUUUUGUCACUCGGUGCUCAAGGAGAGCGUCGACGAAGUGGAUGAGAAUUUCGAAGCUGGACUGAAACUGUUCCAGCGAUUCGUAGAAGAAAAUAGAUAG